AUGACACCGGCGCUUCCGUUUCCUCUGCAUUGUUCUGGCAUCGACUGCAUCGAUCGGAGCGACGUGGCGCUGACUGUGUCUUUAUCAGCACGCAGCGGAGCGCACACGCGUGACGCUCCGGUGACAGGGCUGACAGAGCAGCGGCUUCUGCUGGCAGCUGCACCCACGGGGCAUCACAACAUUGCAGAUGUGGCACAACAAAUUUACGAAGACCUGCACCAAAUUCACUCCAAGAAGGCGCUGAGUAUGUUAGCCCUAAACGAGCCUGACCUCAUCACGGAGGCCAUCCCCAAACAUCUCGAGAGGAUUCCUAAGAGGCGCACUUUGGGCUCCAUCCUGAGGUCUGUGUGUCGAGUCAUCUUCAGGUUCAGGCAGGCGUUAAUCCCGCCCUACAACCUAACCUUCAGCAGUGAGUGUCUGACCAUGGUGAGGGAGUUAUGGCUGUUCUGUGACUGA